AUGGAUGCCAUUAAAAAGACGAUAACUCGCAAAGUAGUUAAUUCCAAAGGUGGAAAAGUAUGUCUAUCUGGAGGAUCAAUGGAAACAUGGCAAGCAUCAAUUGAGACAAAGCCAGUUAUUGUUCGACGUGCCAUAGAAAAUAUAACAUUUUUUAUUCAAUCGGACAAAAUUCCAGAAUUGUCUGAAAUCGCUUUGGCACGUGUACGAGAGAAAAUCAACGAAGCAAUUGAAACAUAUAUUCAAAUGAAUGUGCAUAAUGGAUGUAUGAAUCGAACUUCGCCAUCAUUCAAUUGGGUCGCCAAUGUUGAUGAUGAUUCAUGUGCACCACCCGAACAAAACUCACAAUUUGGAGGAUUUAUUCGCACUUGUACCGAAGACAAGCGUUUGAAGCAAUGUAUUCAAGUUGGAGUCAAAGAUGUCGAUGUUAAAUCGAUUUUUGCUGAUCGACGAGCAACAUCAUUUAGUAACGAAGAAGAAGCACAAAUCAAAACGACUGGUGUUAUUCCAUUUCUUGUUGAAACUCGUCUGAGAGAACUUGGAGCGAAGUCGAUUUCUCGUCUAACACGCAUGGCUUUCUGUAAUUCAUCAGAGGCUGAACCGACUACAAUAUGGCUUAACAAAGAUACUGAUGAUCGUAUAAAAAAUAGUAAUAAAAAAAUAGAAAAACAAUUAGAUUCAUUUGGAAAUCGUUUGAAAAUAUUUUAUGAUGAAAAUGAAUGUAUUGAUUAUAUUCUACAAAUGAAUGAGAUAACUGGUAAAAAAUUUGCAUUAUAUCUGUCGGCAAGUACAGGACGUGAAUUAGUACCAAUGAUCUAUGAUUGGCCACAAAUUGAAAUCAUUUUUGUUUUCUAUUUAUAUGAAAAAGAAAAAGAAUUAUGGGCAAAAAAAUAUCCAAAGGUACGAUUAUAA